GACGACGCUUUGUGCAUACAAAAACGAUCUUCCCGCGAGCUUGCAAGACCCUAAAGUCCAGGGCGCAGUACCGCCGACAGUAGAGAUAAAGGCAACAACAUAACAACAACGACUGGUUUUGUGUAAUUUUGCUCUAACGCUCCUAUCAACAAAGUGGCGCAUCGGAAGAUUUAUCUCUCGAAAGAUAUCGUCGGGUGGCUCGGGCGCCAAGUGAGACUUCUUGUGCGUGAGGCAGCAAGAGUAGAAGCAUGGCUUCUCUUGUGGGGCUGUCUAGCUCAAUUGUUCCACCAUUGUUCGAUGUGUAAACUGCUUUACCAACGAUUUGUUCGUCUUCAAGUGCGCUGUUAGUUAAGCAUCAACGUUGACGAAUCAGGGUCAAGGUGUGAAGUUUGUCAAGCAACUAUAAAACCGAAAAUCGUCCAGUGCGUACAGUACAGGUGAUGUGUGACGAUGCCACUGGCGCGGUAGGAAUGAAAAUAAAGCAAAGCCACCGAAGUAAACAAGUGAGAGCGUAAACAUCGUGCCGAGCAGCGGAGCGAAGGAAAACGAUACCCCCGGGAAAAACAGGCCACACCGGUUCAACUGGCCAAACCGGGUGCGUUUAGUAGGGUAGUGAAAAUUCCUCUUUUCUUAACGACAAUCGGCAGCAUCGCUAUGUUGGAUCCGACGAAAAAGAAACGUCCGGGCAAUAAUGGUACAGCAGUGUCGGUGUGGAGCACCAGUACGGCAGGAAUCGACACGGUACUAGCGACAACACUUGGGACCGCUCCGAAAACCUUCAGUACGGGCCAGCUUCAUCAGGCCGGAUUGAGCUAUCUGCCGAACGGCACCGGAAACGGCAACCAUCUGAACGUGGGCAACGGGACAUCGCUAAAUCACACGCACUCCCAUCCGAACAGCAACGGAAACAGUCACAGCACAGGCAGUAUCGGAAACAACAGCACGCACAGUCUCACGACGCACGGUCACGGCGCGGUGAGCUGGAACAACCGAACCAGUAUUUGCAGUACACACAACAAGCGACGAUCCAACUUGAGCACCAUGUCACAGAACGGGGAGGACCUGCACACCCCCAACUAUCUCUCCUGGCGCAAGCUGCAGCUGAGUCGGGCCAAACUAAAAGCUUCCAGCAAGACGUCGGCCCUGCUGUCCGGAUUCGCAAUGGUCGCUAUGGUUGAGGUCCAGCUAGACGAGCACACCAAGGUUCCGCACACAAUGCUGAUAGCGUUUGCGGUAUGCACCACGCUGCUGGUUGCGGUUCAUAUGCUCGCCCUGAUGAUCAGUACCUGCAUCCUACCGAACAUCGAAACCGUAUGCAAUCUACACAGUAUAUCGCUCGUACACGAGUCCCCGCACGAGCGACUUCACUGGUACAUCGAAACGGCGUGGGCAUUCUCGACACUGCUAGGGCUGAUCCUAUUUCUGGUCGAGAUCGCCAUCCUGUGCUGGGUUAAGUUCUACGACCUCAACACCACGGCCGCCUGGUCGGCCUGCAUAGUCCUGAUCCCUGUGCUGAUAAUCUUUGUCGCAUUUGCGCUGCACUUCUACCGAUCGCUGAUGAUGCACAAGUACGAGGUGACCGUGUCCGGCAUACGGGAGCUGGAAAUCCUUAAGGAACAGAUGGAGCAGGAUCACUUCGAGCAGCAGCACCAUCACGGCCCACUGCACCCGUCCGGAAUGCAGAUCGUGUGAUCUGCAGCUGACAGUCGCAUCGGGCAUUUGCAUCACGACUCCACUACCGACGAAUCUUAAACGUUUCAUAUGCAAGCGUAUGUCAACUGUGAUUUAUAUUUGAAGAUAACUUUGUUCAGUUCUCGAGCCUCGAUCGGGCAUGCUUUUUAAUUUCUCUUGCAUUGUACCGUUUCGCGCGAUUCCAGUUCCGAACCGCACACGCGAAACUACAUUGACGGAGUGGCGAGACGAUAAAAUGCUAGCGUUCUUUUCUUUUGUUUAACCAAUACCUACUUCCAUCCCAGCGUGCAAAAUCAUGAUGCUUUUUCGUUCUGUUUAAUUCACAAUUGUGAAUAAUAAAACGAGAUAGCGUGACGAUUUCGCACGCUGGGAUACAGCAGAAUCGAAAUUCGAUUUUGAAAAACACAGUAAUGUGCAACAUAAAAGACAUUCGAUAGUGAUGAGUGUUUGAGGAGGGCACUCGAUAAAGUGCGCUUUAUGAUAAUAAAUAAAUGAAUAACUCUACUGAAACCAUGUAUCCAACGGGUUGCGGUGCAUCAAUUGUGUUGGUGCACAGCGGCACAGAAAGGCUCGGAGAAGAGCGAAAGCUCCCACUACAAGUACCCAAAUAGUCGAUUAGUUUUAAGUUGUAAUG